AUUAUCAGCGAAUACUGAAAAGUCAAAGUUGACAAUAAUUUCCUCCAAUCCAUAGAGGGCGGAAAGAAUGUCAGUUUCUCUCACUUUCUCAAAGCUAACAAAGACUAGACUCAUUCCUCUGAACAAUUAAGGUGUAUAUUACAUACUACAUGGUUUAUCAUUCUUGUCAACUGCUGUUUUCCAGACACUGUUAAAGCUCAGAGCAAUGCUUUCCGCCUUCCAGUUACUCCCUGUUUUCAUUAUCUCUUCUUUUCUCUUAGCUUGCCCAACUCUUGCCAAGUAUCAAGAAAAUGAUACUGUCACUCUAUGGGUAAACAAAGCUGGACCAUAUGAUAAUCCACAGGAGACCUACAGUUAUUAUAGCCUUCCAUAUUGUCGUCCGGCUGAUGGUGAUCACAAGCGGGGUGGCCUUGGCGAGGUUCUUGGAGGAAAUGAUCUUAUUGAUAGCCGAAUUGACAUAAAGUUUAAGAGAGAUGUGGAGAGAAGAUCAAUUUGUGAACUUAAAUUGGAUGCAUCAAAAAUAGCACAGUUUAAGUAUGCAAUUGACAACAUGUAUUGGUUUGAGUUUUUUAUAGAUGAUUUGCCAAUGUGGGGUUUCGUAGGCGGGGUGUAUGGUUACGGAUAUGGAGAUACCAACAAGCAUGUAGUCUAUACACACAAGAUGCUUCAUAUUACUUACAAUAGAGAUCAGAUCAUUCAUCUCAACCUGUCGCAAGAGAUCCCUAAGCCAUUGGAGGAAGGAAGGACCUUGAACAUGACGUAUUCUGUUAAAUGGUCCCCAACAGAAGUUAGUUAUGCACAACGUUUCGAUAUUUACCUGAAUUACUACUUUUUUGAGAACGAGAUUCAUUGGUUCUCUAUAUUAAAUUCUAUCAUGAUGGUAAUUUUCCUCACUGGAUUAGUGUCUAUGAUUUUGAUGCGCACUCUUCACAAUGAUUAUGCAAAAUAUGCUCGUGAAAAUGACGAUAUGGAGACUCUGGAAAAGGAUGUAAUUGAAGAGUCUGGUUGGAAACUUGUCCAUGGUGACGUCUUCCGACCUCCACAAAAUCUGGCUCUGCUUUCAGCAGUUGUUGGGACUGGUGCUCAGCUUGCAAUACUUGUUCUCCUUGUCAUUAUAUCUGCCUACCUUUGGAGGAUGUACACGAGGAGAGGAGCAAUUAUUACAACCUCUAUUGUAUGUUAUGCUCUUACAUCAUUCAUCUCGGGAUAUGUGAGUGGUGGGUUGUACUCUCGUAACGCUGGUGAAAACUGGAUAAAGUCAAUGGUUCUUACAGCAUCAUUUUUCCCCUUUUUGUGCUUUGGGACAGGAUUCGUUCUAAACUCCAUUGCUAUAUUUUACGAAUCAAUAGCUGUUAUUCCCCUCGGCACAAUUGUAGUUGUCUUUGUUAUCUGGGCUUUUAUCUCGCUGCCCCUGUCCUUCCUUGGUACUGUUGUCGGAAGAAACUGGAGUGGUACGCCAGAUAAUCCAUGCCGUGUUAAAAAUAUUCCUCGUCCUAUCCCUGAGAAGAAAUGGUACCUUAGACCAUCUGUUAUUUCUCUGGUGGGGGGUCUUCUUCCCUUUGCAAGCAUUUUUAUUGAGAUGUAUUUCGUCUUCGCUUCCUUGUGGAACUACAUGGUGCACUACUAUGUGUAUGGAUUCAUGCUCCUUGUCUUCAUUGUUCUGAUCAUUGUCACUGUUUGUGUGACAAUCUUGGGAACAUACUUCUUGCUGAACGCGGAGAACUAUCAUUGGCAAUGGACUUCAUUCUUCUCGGCUGCCUCCACUGCUCUAUAUGUCUACCUAUAUGCUAUAUAUUACUAUCAUGCAAAGACUAGAAUGUCUGGUCUCUUCCAGACCAGUUUUUACUUUGGCUACACUCUUAUGUUCUGCCUUGGUGUCGGUAUCCUAUGCGGUGCUGUUGGAUAUCUCGGCUCUAAUUUGUUCGUGAGGAGGAUUUUCAGGAAUAUCAAAUGUGAUUAAGCGCAUGACACUGCCCAAGAGAGGUUACUCUUUAUAGAGUUCACCAUGCAUGUUGAGUUCUACUCAUCUCUUGAGAGUAUGUUCACGGCAAUACUGAUCGCAAACUGUGAAUAAACAUUAGAUGAAGCUAUAAAUUUUCAUGGAGUAGAAGCAGCAUUGUAUCUUUGGAUACAUUGACAAUCAAAUUUCAUGAAGCUCUCUCUAUAUAUUACAUGGAUAACUUUAAAGACUACUUAUGUAGAUUCUUUUUACCUUGUGUAUUCUAAAUGCUUUAUACAAAUUUUUCCAACACACAUGUUGCCAUAUUAAAAGAUUAUUCGAUGAUACAUUCCUUUGGAAAAGAUUGUUUCUGAA